AUGGUUUUUAUUUUAUUUUUGUUCCCUACAACUUUUCAUUGGGAUUCAUAGACUUACAGAUAAUAAAUACAAACAAGUAGGCAAAAAUUAAAGAGAUUGGCGAUUGUUUGGGUUAUGAUUUGCUUAUGCAUCUCAAUCUUUCCGUUAUAAAGUACUAGCACCUUCUCGUUCCACUUUGAUGGAAUGGUGCUAUUGAACUUAUUGGUUUUUAUUUCAUCUGACGCAGACUAAGACUAACUUUCAAUAACUCACAACUGAAGUGAAGUUCAGGACUACUGAAAAGUAGAAGUCUGAACUGAAGACUAAAUAUAAAGUUAAAGAAAGGAAGCUGCAAAUCUGUUUCGCGUUCGAGGUUUGUCAACAAUUAUUCUUAAAAUAAGAAAGUAGGGGCAUUAGAUAGAACCUACUAAUUUUAUCAGUUAAGUGCACAUAUUUAUUUUUAAUUUUAAGUUAACGAAUUCAUUUUUUUGAGUCAGCAACGAGAUUACUUGAAUUUGAGUGUUUGAUAAAUUUUGGGUUAACGGUAUGGAUUUUGCCAAGAGUUGUCUCACCCUAAGCGCUGGACUUCGGGUGAGUGAUAGACCUAUUAAUUGUAGGACCCAAACGAUGUGUGUGAUAAAAUUUGUGUUCUUUACUAUAUAACUAAGCAUUACUCGCUUCAUAAACUUAAAUGAUACAGGUUAAUAUGAAGUUAUAUUAAAAUGAAAUUUUCCAUUAAUUUUUUAAAAAGUCAACUUACAUGUUAGAGAAAAUAAAGGAAAAAAAGAAACUCAUCCUUGCUGAUACCCCAAGACCCAACACAGAUGAAAAAAAAAUAUGCGUGCCAAAAGUGUCGUACAGUCUAACCCAUUUAUCUUGACCUCAGUUAACUCGCCAACCCUGUUAUGUCAAUGUUUUGGAAGUGGAACUGUCAACUUCUCUCAUUGUCUUAGCACUUAGCAUUUUCUCCUCGGUUAUGUCGAUUCUUUUAUAUCACCGAACCCUGAUAUCUCGAGCACAAAAGGCGACCAAAUUUGCCACUUAAUCACGGUUAUCUCGAUCCCAUGACCAUUCGCCGGCUUUUGAAAAUUAUAUUCAACAGAAACAUGCCUACUUCAAACUGUAGUAAUUGAAUGGAAUGACAACAUUGUUAUCCGAUCAUUUAACUUGACAUAGCUAGGAAUGAGAGGCUUGCAAACAAAAGAGAGAGGUCGUAGUACCUGUUCUAUUUAUGGCAAAACAAGAACUGGCAAAUCCGGAGCAAGAGAAAAUAAAAACUUGCAAAUCCGGAGAUGAAAAAUAUUUAGCCACACGAAUCCGGAAUUCCAGGAUAAUCCGGAAUAGUGGCCCCCCACAUAUGCCUUGUGUUGUUAGCAAACAUGAAUGUAUAUUUUCAUUAUUAUUAUAAGUGGUGGUUUUAUAUGGUACCCUAGCCUAGGGCUGGGCUCACCAUGCUGUACAUACAAUUUAAAAAACAUAAUCAUGAACUUUAAAAUUAACAUACAUUAAUUAAAUAAAACAAAACAAAUGUAUAUUCACUCCCCACAUUCAAGAACUAUUUACAUGUCAAGCCAUGGACGGCUACACCGCAGCAUCAUUUAUCGAUCAGCGGGGGGGGGGGGGGGGGGGGGGGGGGGGGGGGAAUCAGUCAGGAUAGUAGUGUUUAAAGAGAUGUGUUUUGAGUGCAGUUUUGAAGGCUGUGAUGGUUGGUAUAUUGUGAAUAUGUAGUGGAAGAGAGUUCUAUUGUUUGGGGAUACAGAAAGAGAAAGAUCGUUCAACGUAUGUUUUUGUGUGAAUCUUGGGGACAGAAAGAAUACGCACUUCCGCUGAGGAACGAAGCUGUCAAAGUGGUAAAUAGACAGAGAGAAGUUGAUUAGAUACGAAGGGCAGGAAUUUGAGAAAAAGUUGUGGCAGAGAACAGAGUUUGUAGUCAAUCUGUGCUUGUACAGGGAGCCAAUGAAGUGAAUGAAGUAGUGGUGGGACAUGAUCACGUUUCUUUUGCUUUAGAAUUAGCCUUGCAGCUGAGUUUUGAACCUUUUGUAAUUUUUCAAUGAAGUGUUUUGGUGAACCUGAUAGAAGAUAGUUACAAUAGUCAAGACAAGAAAGAACUAGUGCACAAUGGUUUUGUAAAGUUUUAUAGCAUGCCGAUUGCUUCAUCAAACAAAUCACGGUUACGCUGUUUUGUAAAAAAAAACUCCAAAACAUGUGCAUGUACAUUCUCAUUUCUAAACGCACAUGGUGAACAUAAAGAAAUUUCAAGCACAUGUUAAUAUAUUGCCGCCAUAUUGGUUAUCGGUUAUCUUGAACAUCGGUUAUCUCAACGUUUUUGGCAAACCUCGAGGCCGGCAGGUUCAUAACUGGGUUCGGCUGUAUUUUUAUUUGUUGAAAAUCAAAACACUGUAUGUUAAAACGUCUGUAACAAAAGGGAGACUGAUGCUUAAAUUGCCUUUGGAAUUAUCUUCAAAUACCAAAAUAUGAAAUUAAGAAAUCUUCUCCAAAAGAUCUUCUCCAGUACGUCACUGUAGAUGAAGUUGGCCUGGAGGAACCUUUGUGAACCAUAUACUGUGGAACACAUCACCGGCCUUACCGCUAACCCAAAAUCAACUCUUUUUUAAAAUUAAGUUACCUCCAGUCAGUAAUGCCUAGUAAUUAAAUGGUAAUUUAAAUAGUACUAAAAUAAUAAUAGUUCACUAACACUAACUCCGUUCAGCACUAACUUUUCUUUUCAUUUAAUUUCUAAAGUGUAUUUGAACAGCCCCCAAUGGUAUAUAGCCGGUGAAUCAUCUCUCCAUUUGUUUUUUUGUUUUUUACGGUUAUAUGCCAGAUCUUUUCACCUAUGUAUAAGUUGGUAUGCUAAAUUUUAAAAACUGAAGGCUUGUUCACAAAAAGAAUUAUAUGCUAGUGGAUUCUGACCUUAAAAAAAUUUUUUUUUGUUUUGAACUGUGGGUCGAAAAUGCGACAUAAUAUGUGAUGCCACCAGGAACAGGAUUACACAGGGAGUGGGAUCACUUCUUGAAAUGGGAUACCAAAUGAGGAAUGGGAUCCCAUCGAGGAAGGGAUCCCACUGGGAAUGGGAUGUAUUUCUGACAUAAUAACUAAUGUAUGUUUUAUUUAUGUUAAACAUCAAUAAGUGAUUUUCUAUUUUUAAUAUCUUGUUUCGCUUUUGUGAACAUGUCUUUAGUUUGAAAAUUUCAUUUAGCAUACCAUCUUAUAUCCAUGAGGUUUAUCCAUGUGUUAUGACCAUUGUUUCUUUCAGAACACUUUUGUUCACAAAAAAAAAGGAGGGGGGGGGGGGGGGAAUGUUUAGGCAAUCAGGAAUGGGGCAGGGCAUAUAUCACCGCCAAAAUUAGACAUAAUGCCUUCCAGAACCAGUGCUUUUUGUUAUUCCUUCAGUAUUAGGGGCAAUCCAUAAUGACGUCAUGCAUAAUCCAUUGAAAAAAGGUGCCGUACACUGUUUGGGUGUUUUUUUCAACAAAAACAGUUUUACCCAGGACCAUCUGUGAUUCCUUCACCCCACCAUUUUUUAAAAAACAUAAAUUUAUUGCCCUUGUGGCGCCACCUGUCGGUAUGCUUUUUGGCCAAGCUUAGUUUCUCCCCUGGAAUCUAUAUAGUGCAACGACACCAAAAUAAAGUAAAAUAUUAUAACUUCAAGAAAAUGAUUUUAAUUACUUACAUCUAAAUUCAAAUAAUUUAUUUGUUUAAACUACUUCAUUAAUAAAUGAAUAUUUUUACAAAAUAUUUCUGUUCCCAAAAGUUGUUCAUCACAACAACAAAAAAGCACUGUUGUACGAAAAAUAAACAGCGAUAUAAUAUAAGUAUAACAAUUACCCUUUUGCAUUUAUUUAAAAUAUAAAUAAUUCCAAGCCUUACAGAUAGAAAAAAGUGAGCAAAUGCUGUUUUAUAGAAAAGAUCUAGAUUUUUUUUUUGUUGCAAUUUAAAUGUAAAACUGCUUAUUUUAUAAAAUGCUUGGGACAGAUCAAAGAUAACACAUUCUGCCAUCUACCUUCCUUCUGCUGCUCUAAGCACUUACCCUCAGAUCAACUGCAUAAUUAGAAAAUACUUCAAAGUUGGAAUAGCCAUUGCAUUUUAUACUUUUAUUAGAACAUUUUAUUUUAUCCUGCUUUCAGGCAACUGUUUGGCAUUGAAACUGUCACUCAAAAUGAAGUCGUGCAUACCAGCAAAAGAUAAAGAUGAAGAAGAGAUGAACCAAGAAGUUCCACAAAAUUUCAUCCCACCCAGUCAGCCUCGUAGUAAUGCAGGUAAUUCAACACAGCCAACAUCUGCCCGUCAAAGAGAUUCAUCACCCAUAUCGUGGCAACCCACAUCCGCGCCAAGACGCAUCUCUUCUCCUCCCCAGACACCAGCACUUCCAACUGCCAAGUUAAGUGAACAUCACAACUGGCAGGCGUCGGUGAACAGUGUCCAUGAAAGAAAUGCAGUCAUGUUUAACAACCCUCUCAUGGCAGACGUAUUUUUUACUGUUGGGGUAACUGGUCAUCAAAAGAGAAUCCCUGGUCACAAAUUUAUCCUUGGUUCGGGGAGUUCUGUUUUCUUUGCCAUGUUAUAUGGUGGUCUGGCAGAAGAAGUCAAGAUUAUGGAGAUCAACAUACCAGAUGUGGAACCAACUGCUUUUCUUAAUUUAUUAAGGUUGGUUAAUGGUAUUAGUUAUAGGUUAAUUAAUGGCCUUUUUUAUUUUCUCUCUAAACAUUGUUCCUCCAAAACUUUAUUUGGAAUUACUUAAAACCACUUGAAAUCAAAAAUAUGUUCUCGGUUACUAAAAUUAUUGAACAUUUUCUGAAUUGUGCAGUUUAAUUGUGCAUAUUUAAGAUUGCAUUUUUUUUUUGCUAUUCAUUUCUUAAUUUGACAAUGAUUCAAAAUGCAUAAUUUGGAAUGAGAAUUUAUGGGGCCAUUCAGCUGGCUUUCUGCUUUUAUUCUUUUUAACUGAAAUGUGUUUGCCUCUUUUAUGACAUUACUGAAAUAACCAUCAAACUUCUUAAAACUACCUUGAGCUAUCAAUACACUUCUAUUAAUAUCAAUGGUGCCUCUCCCCCAUGAUCCGUGAGGCACCAUACUGAAAGUUUGCACGGUCUAGGCAUGGACCAGAAAAAUACAAGGUUUGCAAGCCAAAACAAAAUUAGGCUGAAUACUUGAGACUGCAUGAUUAAAUUCAACAUGACUAUCAUUUAUAUUGAGGACAGAUUUAAAUUCAAUUAUUAUUUCAAUUUUUUCCUUAACUCUGUCUUCCUAAUUUUCCUUUUUUUAUAAAUAUAUUCCAGAUCAAUUGUAGGAGCUCUUUUGAUUUUGCGUCUGUUUAUGGUUACUAUGCACCUCUCAUAACAACUUUAUGUUUCAAAACUCUAGUUAAUCACACAUCUAUCUUUUUUUUUUUAAUAGAUUUUUAUACUGUGAUGAAAUUUGGAUCGAAGCUGACACCGUUCUGGCCACCCUGUAUGCUGCAAAGAAAUAUAUUGUGCCUCAGCUUGCAAAAGCUUGUGUUCGUUACCUUGAAACGAGUCUCAGUGCUAAAAAUGCAUGUGUUCUUCUAAGUCAAGGUCGGUUAUUUGAGGAAGUAGAACUUAUGCAGCGAUGCUGGGAAGUUAUUGAUGCACAAGCUGAAGAGUCACUUCUUUCUGAAGGCUUUACUGAUAUUGAUAAGCGAACUUUAGAAACCAUUUUGUCUCGAGAAACACUGAACACAAAAGAACUCAGUAUAUUUAAUGCCGUGUGUAGAUGGGCGAAAACAGAAUGCAUGCGGCAAGACUUUAAUCCAACACCUCAGAAUCAGAGACGUGUGCUAGGAGAAUGUAUUCAUCUUAUUAGAUUCCCUUCAAUGUCUCUUGAAGAUUUUGCAAACGGCCCUGCCCAAACCGGUAUCUUAACACUGCAAGAGUGCCAUGAUCUUUUUCUUCAUUUCACUGCACAACUGUCACCAAAGUUGCCAUUCAACAAGCUGAACAGAAAGGGACUGUCACAGUACAGAGUUCACAGGUUUCAGUCAUCAGCUUACCGUAGCAAUCAGUGGCGAUACCGUGGCCGCUGUGACAGCAUUCAGUUUUCAGUGGAUAGAAGAAUAUUUAUCGCUGGAUUUGGGCUCUAUGGAUCCAGCAAUGCUACUUCAGAGUAUAAAGUCAAGAUAGAAUUAAAAAGGAAUGGAUUAGUUGAAGGGCAAUGCUCCACAAAAUUCUUGUCGGAUGGCUCAAGCAAUACCUUUCCAGUUUUAUUUGAAAGCCCGGUGCAGAUAGAAACGGAGACAUUUUAUACAGCAAGUGUGAUUCUAGAGGGUAAAGAGUUGAGUUAUUUUGGUCAAGAAGGUUGCGCUGAAAUUCAGUGUGGAAAGGUUACCUUUCAAUUUCAGUGCUCUUCUGACAGCACUAAUGGAACUGGCGUCCAAGGUGGACAAAUUCCUGAGUUAAUUUUCUAUUGUUGAUGAAGCACUGGUAGCCUUUGAAAUCCAAUUUUUUAAAAAAGCUCAAAGCUUAUUUCCAUUGCUCCCUUUAGGCUUUUGCCAGUAAAGUUAGCUGUAAACUAUACAUCAACUUAGUAUAAUCUUUUUUAUCUUUCGUUAUGGCACAAUCCAUAAAUUAUUUAGUACAAAAAGUUCAAAAAAUAUUUUUAAAAUGCGAUAAAAUCUCAUCCCCUAAUAUUUGACACCAUAAAUUUGUAGACACACCAUAAUGCAAUAAACCCUGUCCUACAAAGCAUUGGCUGUUUAUCAAACAUUUUCCAGAAGAUAGAUUCACUUUGAUAUUCAUUGAAACUAACUUAUUAUUUGGUUUUUUAAGUGGAAAUAAUUAAAAGGUGGCCUCAUCUGAGAUUUUCAGUAAAAUGCCCCACUUUUAAAAAAAACUUCUGUAUAUAAUUUAUACAUUUGCAUGAUUCUUUGUUGUUGUUUUUUUUUGUAUAUUAACUGUAAAUAAUGUAUAUUUUGUUAUUUGCAUGCAUUAGAUAAAAUAAAAUUGAUUUGCACUGAUUCAGGUACUCAAGACUGCCACCUUAGCAACAGUGUAUAACUUCCUCUAUUAAAAUAUAUAUUGUAAUUGAUACUUAAUUGGUUUUUAGAAAUUAUUUUCCAAUUGAUUUUUAGAAAUUAUUUUGAAUUUUAUCUUGGCUGAAGACAAUCCACAUAAUGCUUUCUUUUACUUUAGGCAGAUGGGAUAUAAAAAAAACCAACACAUUGGUUAUUUCUAAAAGUGUCUGAGAUCAGUGGUGAAUAACUCUGGCAUGAUGAUAAGCUCCCUUUUGCUUUCCUUUAAUACAUCCUUAGCAAAUUAUUCAUACAAUUACAAUAUAUAAAUAAAUAAGCCGUUUAGUUAUAUGUGGCUACUAAGAUUCUGUGCUAAACAUGCAUUCUUCUUUACCAAUUUGUAGCCAAAUAAUUAUAUUAGUUUAGUGUCUCUAAAAAUAUAAAAGAGUACAGUAAAAUUAUUAUCCACUUGUGGCUUUUCAAUUUUCAGAGUGCAAAGUAUGAUUUAUGACAUGGGUAAAUGUAAUAAGGGCUAACAAAUGUUUAACACUACAUAAUUAUUUGAGGCACAACCACUCUAGUACUCCUUGACUUAACCCAGUACAAUAUUUGUUGGAUGUGAUAAUUUACCUAGUUUUUGUCCACCCUAUCCUUACUUAUCUGAACAAAGUAUGAUAAAAAUUGAGUAAGUUUAGGUUUCUUUAGGAGAAUGAGAAAAAAAAAUGCAGUUUCGUGUCUUUUGAUUCAAGCUUCCUCAUACCUUGUUUCACUAUUUCCUGGAUUAAAUCUCUCCAAAAUAUGAUCAAUACCUAUGUAAAGUCCAUGUGUUGUUUAGAAUCCAGUGAAGUAGUAUUGAUUUUUCAUCGAUGUGUGUAUAUUUUACUUUUAAAAUUAAAUUAUGUUAAUAAAAUUCAUGAUGACUGUGUAACAUCCAGUAUUAAAUAAAAAUCCGGCCUGCUGAAGUUGUUGUGCAUGAUUUUGUUUUGCUAAUUAUCUUUAACCUGUGAUAAAAAAAUUUUGAAUGAUGUGUUUCUUGAGAUUCCCAUUUCAGGGGUGUUAAUUCAGAGAACAAUGACUUUUUUUUUUUUUAAAUAACUUAUUCUCAAGUAGUUUAAUAUUGAAAAAUAAUGGCCAACAUGUGAAUUAUUGAACUUUUUUUUGCAUUUAAUUCUAACGUUUGAUUUUUUUUUUUAUUUUAAAUUUAUCUUUAACCUGUGAUAAAAAAAUUUUGAAUGAUGUGUUUCUUGAGAUUACCAUUUCAGGGGUGUUAAUUCAGAGAACAAUGACUUUUUUUUUUUUUUUAAAUAACUUAUUCUCAUGUAGGUUAAUAUUGAAAAAUAAUGGCCAACAUGUGAAUUAUUGAACUUUUUAUUGCAUGUAAAUCUAACGUUUGAUUUUUAUUCUUAUUUUAAAAAAAAACAUCAUACUAAAUCUGGGUCUCCUCAACAAUUAGUUAUGAUAUUUUUUCUCUUUAGAUUUUACAAUACCAUUAUGUUGCUCAUGCUGAACUAGCGCCUACAGUUAAUUGUCUGAACCCCCAAGAUGUGUUGUAGGUGCAGCUGUUUGCCCGGUGAAGAGGUUCUCUUCAUCCAAUGUUGCAUCGCUACCAGCCACACUUCAUAGUGGAUGCCCAAUCAAGUUUUCUUCUCUAAAAGAUUUUUUACAGAUUUUCAUGUAACAUUAAUUUAUAAGGAAAUGUCAAUAAUUGUCUCACUUGACAGUAAUAUUAGAUGCUAUUGGCCCUCUAUAUAUUCAAGGCAUGAAACAUUUAAUACUUGAGUGGGCUUCCUGUAAUUUUGUUAAAUCCCUGUGCACAGCCAACUCAACAGUGGCUGUAAAAAGUGCACAGAGUAUUAAUCUAUCCUCUGUUGUAUCUUUUCCCUCACAGACAUGCAAUCUGGUUUUCAAAGUCUGCCACACCAGCAACAAUCUCAUAUUUUAAAUAAAGCCAAUUAAUUAAUUUUUUUUAAUGUACAACUUAUUUCAAUUCUGAAUCUAAUAUUCUUUGCAGAGUGCUGCCUUGAAAAAUACUUAAAUAUAUUAUGCCUCGCCAAUUCACUCGGCUGGUUCACCAACUUCCAUCAAUUAGUAUGGAUAGUGAGCGGGGCAAGAUGUAAAAUUUCAGUUUCAUGUGAUGUAAUCAAUUGUGAUGAUAACUUCAUAGUGUAGCACUAGAGUUUUGUGAAAAUAAAAGUGAAAUAAUUGUUUGUGUUUG